AUGAUUGCAGCAUAAUUCUUGGAUUUUGCUCAACAUCCCAAGAUAAUAAGUGUUUUACACAGGGGUCCUAUUCCAUAUAUUACUUUAAUAAAGAUUAAUGUUAUAUUACUACAAUUAAGAAAUUAAGAAUAAAUGAAAAAAGUAGGAAUCCUUUCAAGAGACUUGCAAAGAAGAAUAUAUGUGUUAUCUAGACAUUGA